CAAUGAGGGAGAUCGUCGCGCAUCAUGUGACCCGUCUAAGCGAAUGGGAGCACGACAAACUGCAGCUAGUGAGCCGAGCAGGAGCAACAAACACUGGCAAACGAGCGAGGUGGUCGACGUCGUUAGCCGCCCGGACUAAUUUAGCUGUGGAGUGUCGACAAGAAAAUCUUGACUUUUUGUUCUGUUUUACCCAUUAAGAAGGACGUUUUAUUAACAUUCGAGUCGUCGUUCGAGAGUGUGGAUUUGUUAGUGUAAGUGGUUGUUUGUGUGUGUGUAGCGGCUUGGUCGACGUUAGCUCGAUGUUAAAAUGUUGCUAACUUGUCUGCUAUUUAAAAAGGACAAAAAAAAGACCACCGGGGGCGAGAGUUUAUAGUUAUUUAGUAAUUAAGGUUACUCCGCUUUAAUUUAUCGUCAAGCUUGACUUGAUAUUUUUUUUUUUGCCCUGCUUGAAUGAGGUGGAUAUUAAUUUAAGCUUCUUAUUCGCUAAACUGCAACCGGUUUAUUUAACGCGUGUAACAAACAAAAAAAAAGGCUCAUAGUCUGGUGUGUUGAAUCCAGAAUGAAUCCGAAUCGACUCCCAAUGGCGAGUGCGCGAUCACAUUCUGGUGUUUUCUUGGAGGGCAGAGAGUUACGAUAAGUCCUCUGACCCCUCUUAACUCGUAUUUGUGUGUGGUUUUUUUUUGUUUAAUAGUGACUUUAUCUUUAUUGUAUUUUUUAAUUUAUUUAUUAAAUACAUUAACCAUGGAGGUUGAACUGCUACUCCACCCGCUUUCGCUCCCUUCCGCCCCGGGCAUCUGCCCCGAGAUGCUGGAGGUUGCGGCGGAGGCCAGCCGCGCCGGUGAUUUUAGCUUGGCCGCCGAGAUCUACAGCUCGCAGCUGGCCGACCUCCAGCAACCCGACAGGGGCUUGUGCCUCCGCAAGGCUGACUCCCUAGUACGCGCCGGGCGGAUCUCCGAGGCGCUGGACUCGUACUGCGCCGCGGCCAGCCUGGGCAAACUGCGGCCGGAGGAGCUGCCACUGCUGGUGGACAGUAUCGCCCGGAGCCUCCGAGAGAAGGAACCGGGCCUCCGGAGCACCAGCGGCGGGGAAGAAAGCGAGAACGCUGAUGGGGAAAUCUCCGAAGACGACCCACUGGACUUGUUUUCAUGCGGCUUGUGCCGGUGCCUGCUCCACGAACCUUCCACGGUGGAGUGCGGGCACACAUUCUGCAAACGCUGCCUGGAUGCCGACGCGGUGACGGACUGCGUGCACUGCAAGCGAGGCCUGGCCCGGAAGGAGGGUCUACCGAACGGCCGCCGGCUGGACGUGGUGCUUGGUGGCCUUCUGGACAAACUCUUCGCCACCGAGAGCCGAGCACGCCGGCUGUGGAUCGACGGCGAGGUGCUGUGGCAGGGCCGGAACCUGACAGAGGCCCUGGAGAAAUACGACGAGGCGGUGGAAUUGGCGCCAGCUUCAGGCCGCCUACUGUGCCAGCGCGCUGAGCUACACAUGGAGAUGAGCAACGUGAGUCGGGCGCUGAAGGACGCCAGCAGCCUGUGCCAAAUUAAACCUCUCUGGCCAAAGGCUCACUACCUGAAGGCCACCACGCUAAGCAAAGCGUCACGCAACGAUGAGGCCCUGCAGGAGUACUUCCUGUGUGUGGCUCUCAAACCCAACUGGACCAAAGUCAGAUUGGAGGCUCAGAAGGUCCUUGCCGAGCUCUUCUCCUCAGUGUUUGAGAACCAAGACAUGCCCACGCCACUGCACCCCCUCCAGGGCGGGGUGGCCUUGCGCCCCAUCAAGGCCCCUGUCCUGCUGAGGACCCUGAGACCCCUUGCUCAGAAGCCUGCUUCAUCCUCGCAGGACUCUGACUCGAGCGUGACAGAAAGCUCCUUGACGGACGAGUCGUCUUCCAGAGCGUGGGAGUCUUGUGAUCCACCACCUGAGGGAAGUGCCACCAGCAACAAGAGCCUGGCUGAGAUCCUGGCCUCUGUACCACCAGUGCCACCAAUUGGGUUUAAGAGAAAACAGAGUGAUGACGGAUGCUUCAAUCCUCCCGCCAAGCUGCUCAAACCUGGUGAGUCGACCAGCGUCAAGAUGGCGACUGCAUGCAUGGGGAGAGUGGUGCCUACUGAGCUGUUGGACAGUGGCGACAUGGAGUGUUCGCUCUGUAUGAGGCUGUUCUACGAACCGGUGGCCACGCCCUGCGGACACACCUUUUGCCUCAGGUGUCUCGAGCGCUGCCUGGACCACAACCCCAACUGCCCUCUGUGCAAGGAGAACCUCUCAGAGUUCUUGGCCACGCGAGGCUACAAGAAGACACUGCUGAUGGAGGAAGUGCUGCAGCGCUACCUCACCAGCGAGCUGGCAGAGAGGAAGAAGAUCCACGAGGAGGAAAUGAAGGAGCUCUCCAACUUGAACCAGGAAGUGCCCAUCUUCAUUUGCACCAUGGCCUUCCCCACCAUCCCAUGUCCGCUGCACGUGUUCGAGCCGCGCUACCGCCUCAUGAUCCGCCGUUCCAUGGAGACGGGCACCAAGCAGUUUGGCAUGUGCAUCGCCGACGAGCUCAAAGGCUUCGCCGACUACGGCUGCAUGCUACAGGUCCAAGACGUCAAGUUUUUCCCCGAUGGACGCUCGGUGGUGGAGACCGUCGGGGUGUCUCGCUUCAAAGUCUUAAGUCAUGGCCAGAGAGAUGGCUACCACACUGCCAAAAUUGAGUACCUGGAAGACAAAAAGGUGGAAGGCGACGAGCUGGUGGAGCUGCUAAGACUUCACGACGCUGUAUACGAGCAGGCCAGCAACUGGUUCACGUCGCUCAAAGACAACAUGAAGACGCAAAUCAUCGGUCACUUUGGACACCUGCCCGGCAAAGACCCUGAUCCCCAGGCGAGUGGCAGCGGCCCGGCGUGGUGCUGGUGGCUUCUGGCUGUGCUGCCACUUGAGAACCGGGCCCAGCUCACCAUCCUGUCCAUGAGCGCCCUGAAGGAGCGGCUGCUGGCCAUCCGCAAGGUCCUCAUCUUCGUCAUGCGCAAGAGGCCACGGUGACAAGGGACGUCCGACCGGAACCGCCAGAACAUUCGCGCACAACCAGUCAAUCCAGUCACUUUAUUUUGUCAUUUGCAUCUUGUUGUUAUACAAAUCCUGUGUUUGCUUAAAUGCUCGCCAUCUGUCGCUUCUUCUUCUUCUUUCUUUUCACGUCAAUGAUGGAAAAUAAGACCCUUAUCGCACUGGCCUGGAGUCUAGUUGGCGACCUGAUGGCGACUCGAGUCUCCACUGGUUGCGGAGAUGACUCCAUGAAGUCUGGAGUCUCUGUAUUUAAAAAAAAAUGUUUUUCCUAACACGCUUAUAUCUUAAAAAAAAAAAAAAAAAAAAAAAAGCCCAAUGUUUUGUCACAAAACUGCAAGUCAUUACCACAAUGUAUUUGAACAUCUCUAGCUAUGCCCACUUCAACCUCUGAAAGUAUCAGUCACCCCAAUGUUUUGGAUUUUAUGGAAGUAAAGUCUUUCCUAUAUGCUUGUAUAGUUAAAGGAAAAAAAACCCAGUUUUAUGUCACAAAACUGUAAUCAUCACCACAGUGUAUGUUGACAUCUCUACUUAAGCCCACUUCAUACUCUGAAAAUAUCAGAAUGAUCACCCCAAAAGUUUGGAUUUUAUAAACUUAAAGCAUUUUCCUAUACACUUAUAGUAAAAAAAAUAAUACUAAUAAUUUAAAAAAUCCCAAUGUCGUUUUAUAUCACAAAACUGUGAGUAAUUAUCACCACAAUGUAUGUGGAUAGCUCUACCUAUGCCCACUUCAAAAUUCACAAAAAUGAGAGCGAUCGUCCCCAAAAUGAAUGUGCACAUCUCUACCUAUGCCCACUUUAAACUGAAACUAUCAGAACAAUCAGACCAAUAGUUUGAAUCCAUUUUUUCCUCAUAAGAGGACUGUCUCGGCGUCUGUGCUCUGCGCUCAGCCAACGGAACACAGACACACACAUUAUUUAUUUGAAGAAUAUAUACAGUAUGUACUGUAUGUAGGACUAUAUCACCGACUUCUGGGUGAAUUGGUUGUCACGUUGUCUGGAGAUGUCUCCCAGACAUCUUUCUGGUGAGAGCGCAAGCAAUAUUUUUGUCUCCCAGGUCCUGAAGUUGCCGCAACUGAUCAGUCUCGGCGACGUCUCCGCCAGUGAGUUAGGCCCUUAAGAUGCCCCAUUUUUUUCCCCCUCAAGGAAAACUUCCACUGCAUCCAGUUUAGGCAAUGAACUAGGCUCGGGAAGCUCACUCCAUUCACUCUACAUCGCACUGUGUUGUAGUUAUAUGCUGUAUAAAUAUACAAAAUAUUUUACUUCAAAAUGGUCCGUGUUUCAAUUGCUACCGCAGCCCUUUUAGGAGGCAAAGUAGCCUGGGAGAACUUUCCACCACUGAAGUGUCACGAUAGCAGCUACCAUAAUGUUAAGUGAAAACUUUUAGUUCAACAAGGCCCUGGUUUAAAUUGUUUUCAACUGCUACUGCACCCAGUUUAGGCAGUAAACUAGCCUGGGAAUCUCAAUACAUUUACUUGGCCACCACAUUGUUUUAGCUUUGUGCAACUACUGCACUAUUUUUUAUUUUUUUAUUACAAACUACCAGUUAAAAGAGGCCCUGUUUUACUUUGUUGCAAUUUCUAUCUCCCCCCGUAUAGGCAGCACACUAGCCUUGGGAACUUCACUCCCACACUCAAGUCUUGUUGCUAUUGAAGUUAUCAUAAUUAGUGUAAACUUAGUUAAAAAAUGGCCCUGGUGGUACAACACUCUGUUUUAGCUAUAUAAAGCUACUGCACUAUUUUGGACAAUCUUUGUCUUUUAUUAAAACAGGGCAUUUAUUACUUUGUUGCGAUUGCUACCACAGCCCAUUUAGGCACCACACUAGCCUUGGGAACCUCACUCCCCCACUCGGCGUUGUAGCAUUAUGCAGCUAUGGCAAUGCCCUGUAUGAACUUGUAUUUCUUAGUUCCAAUAAGGUCCAGUUUUGGUUUGGUUUAUUUUGUAUUAUAUAUUUUAUAUUGCGACCACAUCCCCGUUAGGCAGCAAGCAAGCUAUGGGGAACCUCAAUUUGUGUACAUUACAACUCUGUAGCUAUAUGCAGCUAUAACUUAAGCAUUCUUCUAUUUUACGUCAACUGUACAGACCAAAAAAAAAAAAAAAGCAAAAACUCAAAUGUACAUAGUCUUCCACGCUGGGCAUAUAGCAUAUCGGCGCUAGCUCUCCCUACUAGCGUUUGUUGUUCUCUGUUUGAUCCAGUUGGUGGCUUGUGGUGCAUUUUGGCACCCCCUUCCUCUCCUCACUAGUGUUGCAGUACUACUGUUGAUGCUUGAAUGUGAGUUGUCAGUGUUUAUGUAACAUGGAGGCCUUUUUGACAUCUUUGUGUGUGUGCGCGUGCGUGCUCGCGGUACAUUUACAUACUUUUCUCACCGUGCGUGUGAUGUUUGCGUCAAACUUCUUGAAUGUAUUGGUAGCAGCAUUUAUUCUCUUUUAAACUCAAAAGCACUUAAAAACGCAUCAAUUUGCACUCUUGCUGUCUGUCUGACGUGGAAAUGAAAAUUGUUGCUUACACUAAUAAUUUAAAAGAAAAAAUUUAAAAGCAGUUGUGGUUUUAAAUAACGGUAGGGAAUGUUCCAGUGAGAAAGGCUAAAUGUACUGUAAAUGUUUUUCUUCUCUUCUGUCCUGCCAAAUAUUUGUGAUCUCUUUCAUUGGCAGGAUUCACGACAUGCUGCGUUUGCCUGAUUAUUUGGAAAAGGGAGAUAUUGUACUUAUUUUUUACUGUCAAUAAAUGAAACCAAAUCGUGA